AUGGGGCGGCAUUCUUGCUGUCUCAAGCAGAAGAUAAGGAAAGGCUUGUGGUCUCCUGAAGAAGAUGAGAAGCUCUAUGAUCACAUCAUCAGAUGUGGUGUUAGCUGUUGGAGCUCAGUGCCAAAAUUAGCAGGACUGGAACGCUGUGGGAAGAGUUGUCGACUCAGGUGGAUCAAUUACCUGCGGCCGGACCUUAAAAGAGGCAACUUCUCUCAGCAAGAAGAGGAAACGAUUAUAAGGCUACACGAGAUCAUGGGUAACAGGUGGUCACAAAUUGCAUCACAAUUGCCAGGAAGAACAGACAAUGAGAUCAAAAACUACUGGAACUCAUGUCUCAAGAAGAAACUCCGGCAGCGGGGAAUCGAUCCAAGCAGCCACAAGCCACUGAGUGAGAUAGCAGCACAAGAAGAAGGGACCAGAACACAUUGCUCUAAUACUGGUGCUGCUUUUGAGCAGUUGCAGUUGCAUCCAGUCUUUGACACCUUCCCACUGAUUGAAAUCCAGACGUGUUUGGAUUCAGUAGAGACUAAUGUAAGCAUCUACGGUCAAUUCCAUCAGACUUUUGAACCAGUAGGGCAGGAUGAGUGCUUAGUCAACUCGGAGUUAUGUGAUCAUGGCAGUGCCUUGGAUAAUAUCGGUCACGGGGACAGUUCAAUCAACAGCAGUAACUGGAACUGCAACAUAGGAUCUGAGAUGAAAAGUGUGUUUGGAGAUGAAGACUUGAACUGGGUAUCUCAGAGUAAGGUGGAAACACCAGCUCAUAUGCAGAUGAAUGAGGAGAAGACUCAUGAACACAAGUUUAAUCCUUGGCAAGAGAAAAAUACCUACCCAAUUCCAGUGAGGUCACUGUCUCAUGAUCUCUCAGAGACCUGCUUCAGUGUCUCUCGAGAUGCAUUGGAAAGUGAAUUCAAUGUGGAUUUCUGCUAG